AUGCGCCUGAUCCAGAACAUGGCAACCAUCGCCGAUAACCCUACUUCGGGCAGCAGCGGCUGCACCGCCGCCGCCGCCGCCUCCAUCGGACUGCUGGUCUGGGCCGCAGUGUCGGGCCGCCGCCUGGUCAAGAUCGCUGUCGAGGGGGCCAGCGGAGUCGGCAAGACCGCACUGGUGGUACGAUUCCUGACCAAACGAUUCAUUGGCGACUAUGAAAGAAAUGCAGGUGAGCCUUAUACCAGACAAGUCCAAAUUGAGGGAGAAACACUGGCAAUUCAGGUUCAAGAUACACCAGGAGUCCAGAUCCACGAACAAGGCUUGAGCUGCAACGAACAACUGAAUAGGUGCAUUCGCUGGGCUGAUGCUGUGGUGAUUGUCUUCUCCAUCAUUGACUACAAGAGCUAUGAGCUGAUCAGCCAGCUGCACCAGCACGUCCAGCAGUUGCACCCUGGCGCCCGGCUGCCCGUCGUCAUUGUAGCGAACAAGGCUGACCUGCUCCAUAUCAAGCAGGUGGAGCCCCAGCACGGACUGCAGCUAGCCAACAUGCUGGGCUGCACAUUUUAUGAAGUGUCUGUCAGUGAGAAUUACAAUGAUGUCUACAGCGCCUUUCACAUCCUGUGCAAAGAAGUGAGUCACAAACAGCAGGUGUCCAGCACACCAGAAAAGAGGAGAACCUCUCUCAUUCCUAGGCCAAAGUCUCCCAAUAUGCAGGACCUGAAGAGAAGGUUCAAGCAAGCCCUGUCUGCCAAAGUGAGGACUGUCACUUCAGUCUGAGAGCAAAACUCUGGAGAGAGAUUGUGGCUUCCAAGGAAGUAGUGCUGAAGUUCCAUUCCGGAACACUGAAUUCUGGUACUACAGGGUCUGAGGAAGGGCGAAGCGGAGUGGCCUGAGGGAGGGCUCCUCUGAACUGCUGCU